AAUUUGUAAAGGCUGCAACAAGAAAAAACCCCAGCAGGGGUAGGAUAGAAAAACAUACAUACCCAACCACGAGGAGACAGCACAGCGUCCUAAAAGAAAAACCCGAAAGCACAGCAAAAGAGAAAAAACAGAGAAGCGUUCGCGGGAAAAGGAGCACAAAGCCCACAGCAAGGGAAG